AUGGGCAACAAAUCUUCCACCUCAAAGCAGUCGUCAUCAUCAAACACUUCUCCUCCGCGAAUACGACACCAAAGUUCGGGCUCAAACUUCAACAAAAUCCUUCCUGUCCAUACGAGCGAUCAAGAAAUACAAUUUACAAAUGAUAAAAUCAAAGAUGUGUCGUCCUCUCUUUCCGAUUCUUUAGAACAUACACAUAUUAUGUCCCUUGGGCAAAAUGACAAAGGGCAAUUGGGAAGACUUGUAUUCAAAGAGGAUGAUAGUGAACAAUAUCCGCUGGGACCGAUUUUAGAAGUUUUCCAAGGUGGAGAAGACAAAUCAUUGCAUAACAUUUCAACACAAGAAUUCGCUUCCAAAAUUCUCAAAGACAUCAAGCUUGUAGCUUCAGGAAGAUCACAUCUAUUGCUUGUCACUCAAUCGAACAAGUUGUUUGGCUUAGGUUUCAACAAUUAUGCACAGAUUGGACUGCCAGAGCAUGAACAAUAUGUCACACGACUGAGAGAAAUUCCUCUCCCUGACAAGGUGUCAUCUAUAGAUCAUGUAGCUGCUGGUUGGUUUCAUUCUCUUGUGGUUGUGGAUAAAAACAAGGUCUAUUGCAGUGGCCAUUCGUAUUUCGAUCAAACAUUUGAUGUGAAAUCUGGAAGUAGUUUUCGACAAGCAACGAAAUUGGAUUUCUUGCAUAGAGAUGACUCUCGAAUAACCUUAGCAAGUGCCUCUACUUUUAGCUCAAGUUUGCUUGUCGAUAAUUGGAAGAUUUAUGCAUGUGGAGAAAUGAAUGCGAAUGCAAGUUCAACAAAUUUCCUUGUUCCUGGAUGUGAAAUUUUCAAGAAAGAGUCUAUCAAAUACUUUAAACAUGCCGAUAAGGGACUCAUAGUUCUCACACAAGCCAAUCAAUUAUAUUUUGCGAAUAAGGACAAACAAUUUUUCUUGCUUCAACAAAACGUAUUUUCCAUCACACCUUCUCACAUGUAUGAAACUGUGUUCCUAUUGAGGAAUAAUUCUAAUGUGUUAACGAGUGCAAUUUGGGUCCGUUAA